AAAAGCAGUUAACUGCUCGACGGAAGGAAGCGGAAAUAAACGUCGAAAACCUUCUGCUACCAGCUAGCUUCAGGCUCACAGGACAGGGCUGUAAGCGACGUUGUACAUACUGUGGGGGUAUCUCUUUAGAGGAAGCUGGGAGAGCGUCAGACACRGCAAAGGGUUUUUUUUUUUUGCUUUUUACUUGGGCAGCUUCGAAACGGAAUAGUACAAGUGGUGCUGUCCUGUGACCUUUAUGUAAGGUCAAAGCCCUACAGGAACGGGUCAUCGACGGGAGGAGAGACUCGGAGAAAAGCUGACGACCACGGAGGCCAGGACAGCGCGUCGGUUUCGAAACAGAAGAGUAUCCACAGCCGAGUUGUUUUGCUGUGAGUCASCAAGACCAUGGAGGCCAUCGCCAAAUACGACUUUAAAGCUACUGCCGACGACGAGCUUAGUUUCAAACGCGGAGAGGUCCUCAAGGUGUUAAAUGAAGAGUGCGAUCAGAACUGGUAUAAGGCAGAACUAAAUGGGAAAGAUGGAUUCAUUCCCAAGAAUUACAUAGAGAUGAAACCCCAUCCGUGGUUCUUCGGGAAGAUUCCCCGCGCCAAAGCAGAGGAGAUGCUAAACAAACAGAGGCACGACGGGGCUUUUCUCAUCCGAGAGAGCGAGAGUGCGCCAGGAGACUUCUCCCUGUCGGUGAAGUUUGGUAAUGAUGUCCAGCAUUUCAAGGUCCUUCGUGACGGGGCUGGGAAGUACUUCCUCUGGGUGGUGAAGUUCAACUCGCUCAACGAGCUGGUGGAUUACCACCGCACGACUUCAGUCUCCCGCAAUCAGCAAAUCUUCCUGCGAGACAUAGAGCAGAUCACCCAGCACCCUACGUACGUGCAAGCGCUCUUCGACUUUGACCCGCAGGAGGAAGGCGAGUUGGGCUUCAGACGCGGCGACUUCAUCCAAGUCCUGGACAACUCCGACCCCAACUGGUGGAAAGGAGGCUGCCACGGCCAGACGGGCAUGUUCCCCCGCAACUACGUCACGCCCGUCAAUCGGAACAUGUAAAACGAAAAGAAAUUUCAGACCAACACAACAGCAACCAUCACCACCAUUAUCAUCAUUGUUCUUGACCUCAUCCACCCUGCCAUCCAACCCUGCAACCAACCCCCCCUGCCUCCUCCCCCUGCCCCGGCCAUCCCAUGGUGACCAUAAAAAAAAAAACGAACACGAAGAAGGCAAAAAAACUGAAGAAAAAAAAAAAGAGACGGAGAGAGAAAACAGGAGUAGAGCUGCCGUAGGCGUAGCUACGUGGGCGGCAGCAGAGCGGAAUCGACCUCUAUCCGCGCCGAGAAAAGUUUGCCUCCCUGCUGAACGCCUCGGCGAGGACCGAACUGUCUGAGGGAAAUCAAAACACAGGAGGGAGGGGGAAGAAAGAAAACAAAACAAACAAAAACUUAACUAAAGCAUAGUGCACCAACCGUGAAGAUAACCAAAUGAUUGAACCGCUCCCACAGCUGCUUCUGUCUUCUCAACUUCUUAAGAUUCUGCCUGUUUCUGUUCCUUUUCUUUUCUCCUUACUUCUUUGCCGCAUGUUGUUUUGUUUUUUUGUUUUUUUUAAAGAUCACGUCAAGGAAUCGUCUACCAAUUAAAAAUCGUAAGUCGUUUUAAAGAAAAAUGGAGAAAAGGCUAAAAAAAAAAACCUGUUUUAAAUAAUGUACAAAAAAAAAAGAGAGAGAAGCGAAGCCAUCUACGACAUCGCAGCUAGUUUCCACGUUCUAGACCGUCGGCAUGUGAGCGUUGUGCGUCUGUCGGCUUUAUAAAUGAAUCACGUAUAGAGAGAAUCCAUUUUUUUAAGAAUAUAUAUUAUAUAUUUGUAUGUUUGUCUGUUUUACCUCUCCAAUUUUUUUUUUUGCCCAUUUGUAAAUUAUGUUCAACCUUCUCGUUAGCUUAGAUAAGACCUAGUAGCUCUAGAAUGUGAUAACUGUCGACAUUGAUUUCCCCUUUUUUUCUUCUUUUUUUUUUCUUUCUUUAACUUAUCCGAGGUCGCUCGGAUAGCGCGACACGACGUUUUCUUAGGCUUUCAGAAGAUUUCUUGGCUUUGUCAUGCAAGUACGGUAAAGUUUAGUCCUCUGAAGGAGUUCGGUCUGGUCAGGAAGCUAACGACGACCGGCAGUGAGAGCCGGCAGUGCUGGAAAAAGGCCGGCCACAGCCUACGCUAACACACCGAUCGCGAGCCACGCUGGGGUUUUUUCUGUUUUUUUUGGGCAGUGAAUGUAGCUGAUCGCACCGACAGACAAAUAUGAGGGAAGCACGGUCGGAGAAACUGAACCAUACAACCACCACAAGGGAUUUCAACAAAAAAAAAAAAAAAAAG